AUGGUGGUUGGGCUGGGGGUAACCCCUGUGCUGGUCAGGUUACUGCCCAUGCUCCAGCUCACGUUGAAAAGUUAUCCAUCACAUGAAGUGGGAAUCAAAUGGCACCUACAGAGGAAUCAGACAAGCUUCCAUGCUACCUUAAACACUAGAGAUUUAUCGGCUAAUUAA